AGGACUCCAUAAUGGCAGCAGUCCAUUGGCUGGUUUAACGUAUGACGCGUCAACGCGGAAGUGAACUACUACCGGAGGAGAAAAAUGGCAGCUUACAGGUGCAGCUACUCGGCUGUGUUACUUAUUCUGUGUAUUUGUUCAGUGUCUACUGCCAUAGACAGUGAAGAAACGACACUAACCGGUGCUCACCAUGUCGGUGAGGUCGACAACACACAAACAGCCACCGAAACAGGAGAACAGACGACCGAGCAGCCCGUGGUAGAGGAGAGGCGGUGGGAAGCUAUAGAUGUUGAAGAGGCGACUCCGGGUGAUUCUGAUAUCGACGAAAAGGACACCUCUGCACCUGAAACCAUAGUCCCCUUAACGGUACCACAGCUGAAAGACGAUUUCCAGGAGGAAUUAGUAAUCAGACCGCUUCACUCAGGAGAUAUUUAUGCUAGCUUCCAAUUCCGCACACUGUGGGAAACAGAUUUUAUGAAAGGAAACAAAGUGUCCCACUACCGGCUGUUCCCCAAGUCUCUGGGCCAGGUCAUCUCCAAGUUCUCAGUGCAAGAGCUGCACAUCUCCUUUACACAGGGAUACUGGAGGACCAUGCAAUGGGGUCAACCCUUUCUGCCGUCCCCUCCAGGUGCUGAACUCUGGGUCUGGUUCCAGGACUCUGUGACAGAUGUGGAUGGCAUGUGGAAGGAGCUGACAAAUGUUUUGUCAGGGAUCUUCUGUGCUUCGCUGAACUUCAUUGAUUCCACCAACACUGUUCAGCCCAGUGCUUCUUUCAAACCACUGGGUAUAAGCAAUGUGACAGACCACCGCUUUCUUCGUUAUGCCACGCUCCCACGAGAGAUUGUUUGCACUGAGAAUUUGACACCCUGGAAGAAACUCUUGCCAUGUGGCUCUAAGGCUGGUCUCGCUGUCCUGUUGAAGUCAGAGAAACUCUUCCACAGCAGUUUUCAUUCCGAGGCAGUGCACAUCAGACCCGUGUGUCAGGACUUGCUGUGCAAAACCACAUCCUGGGAGCUGAGACAGACACUGAAUGUGGUCUUUGACCUGCACACCUCUGGACAGGGCAAACGAGAGUGGUCUCUGUUCAAGAUGUUCUCUCGGACUCUGACAGAAGCUUGUCCGCUGGCUUCCUCCAGUAAGAUCUAUAUCGACAUCACAGACAACCCUCAGUGGGAGCAGUUUGAGCUGAGCCCAGCCACACCUCUACUGAGCCAGGCACUGGUGCUGGGGGACAGACGGACCUUCUCUGUCUACGAUCUGACCCAACAAAUCACCUUUGGCACCGUGCGCUCCCUCAACCUGCUGAUCCGCUGGAAAUCCAAUGAGGGUGACAUGCUGCGGCCCCUGCUCCACGCUGAGCGAUACGUGGCCGGUUACGGGCUGCAGACAGGAGAGAUUCAUACACUCAUGUACAACAACCAUCCUUACAGGUCUUUCCCUGUACUGCUGCUAGACUCUGUGCCCUGGUAUCUUCGCCUCUAUAUCCACACACUCACCGUCACCAGCAAGGGAAAGCACAACAAGCCCAGCUACAUCCACUACCAGCCGUCUAAGGACCGUGUGAGGCCCCACCUGCUGGAGAUGCUCAUCCAGCUUCCUCCCAACUCCGUCACUGAGGUUACAGUUCAGUUUGAGAGGGCUCUGCUUAAAUGGACUGAAUACACCCCUGAUCCCAACCACGGUUUCUAUGUCGGGUCAUCAGUAAUCAGCUCUCUUGUACCAAGCAUUGCCGCCAUGGAUACCAACAGCACUCUGGAACGCCCACUUUUCAGCAGCUUUUUUCCCUGUAAAGAGGAGUCCAGCUACUUUGUGCGUAUCUACACAGAGCCUCUGCUGGUCAACCUGCCAACUCCAGACUUCAGCAUGCCUUAUAAUGUCAUCUGCCUGACCUGCACUGUGGUGGCUGUGGGCUACGGCUCCCUCUACAACCUAUUGACCCGCAGCUUUCAGAUAGAGGAGCCCAGCCCAGGAUUGGCCAAGCGGAUAGCCAACGUUAUCCGCAAGGUGAGGGGUGUGCCACCACUCUGAGGCUGGCAUGAAUGCUGACCAGCUGUGCUUUUAGAAAGGAAUUUUCCUUUUAGUCAAACCACUGGUAAAUGUGAUAUUCAGGGAGGAACGGAGAGGAGCGCUGGUAUGAAUGUUUCUGAAACAUUCAGCUUGAAGGUUUUGUUUUCAUAUGGAGGGAAAUGAAUAAUAAGUCUUUUGCACAUUAAUGGUUUCAGGAUCAUUUCCUGUUGGUUAAGGACAAACAGAUGUGGACAUUUGUCUACUUGGAGCUUUUUUAUUGUUUGUACUGCAGUGGGAACCACAUCAGAAUGCUUUAGUUUGAUUGGUUAUGUGGAUGUUGAAAACCAUGACUCCACUACAUCAUAAUACAGCCACACUGUCAGUGAGGUAUUUUCUUACUCUGAGGAAACUGAGGUAAAAUUAUGUUUCUAUAAAUGUGAGACUGAUUUGGCCUUACGCUGCACUAAGAAGCCCCUGAGCACAGACAGGAAAAGUACAGUCGCUGUCGGUCUCAAACUGUGCUCCUGACCUGUCAUCUCCUCACUAGGGAAGGUAAAAUCAAAUGACCCUUAAAGCUGAAAUCACUCGGUCAGAAUGUGACGUUUUAUCAAACUUUUAAGACAAGGCAUCAAAUUAAUCUGAAAUACCACAGCCGAGCAUACAUACAGCAUUAAGGUUGAACUAUGGAACAUUCGGAUUGUUUCCCUUAUAUUUACUAGUUCUUGAUACUUUGUACAGUUAUUAUCUGGCAGGCAUCGUGUUGUUCUUAUGGUAUGUGAGAAGAGAACACACGCCUGCAAAAACACUGAAAAGCCACCAAAAUAAACCUUUUUUCUCUAAGUCAGACAUGUCCUUGAGCAAACAUUACUCAUCUGGAAGUACUUGCUCUUUAAAGAGGAACAGCCCUCUUACCAUUUAUUUUGCACUCAUCUUUGGAUGCAUGCUUGAACGAUAGAUGCGAUGGACUGCAGGCCUUGAAAACAAAUUGCCUUAGGUUUGUAACACCUUCAGUCAUCAGUUCAACACAGUUUCACUGUGUUUUAGUGAGUAGAAGUAUGUCAUUAUGGAAAAUAGCUUACCAUAGCCUGGAAUACUUCCAUGAAAUUGUUUUAAAACUUUUAACUAAGAACAGCUCUGGCCUCUGUUAUGCUUGUCUCCCUACAAGGAUUCUGUUUCACUGUGAAAAGUGUGCAGGAUGUGAAUGUUUAACUUUAAAUGUUCUGUA